CACUCGAAGCGUCAGUUUCGUCUACUGCUUUGAGACGUUGGGACGUGCUCCGUGAUUAGAGACAGUUGUCCGCAGUGUAUUAAAUAACAAAAGUCAUCGUAAUCCAGUGCAAUAUGUUCGGGCAACAAAAUAUGCUUUUGAUUCUGCUGGGCUGCAAUUUGCUAGUAGCCAUCAACGCAUCGGGUAACACAAAUAAGAAGCAGCAACAACAAAACCAAGAAAUCUGGGAACAAGACCUAACGGAUACUUUUAAAAUUGAGGGCAGCGAUCAGGGUAUACAAAAGGUUAAUCUGAAAUGCGGUGCCAAUUCAAUGAAUGUGAUGUUAGAGACUGAAAAACCAUUUACGGGUGUCAUGUAUACACGUGGUAGCUUCUAUAAGCAAACGGCUCCGUGCUUCAUGAAACCCUCAGCUAGUCAGGGAACACGUCAAUUGGAAAUGAGCUUCCAAUUGGACCAAUGCCAGACACUGAAGGAUGGUGAGCUGUAUUCGAACAUUGUGGUCAUACAGAACGAUCCAGAACUCAUAACGCCCGGUGACUCGGCUUUCUCGUUGGAAUGCGAUUUCCGUCAGCCGCGUAGCUUGGACGUCGAAGCCACCAUGCAAACUAGAGAUAGAGUUGCGACAAAAUCCAAAAUUACACUGACAAGUCCCGAUCCCGCGGCCCCAACGGAAAAUCUACACAACUCGGUGGUCAGCAACAGUGAUACAGUAGAGUAUAUACCAAAGUUCUCUAAACCAAACAAAACCAUAAACCUGGGCACGGUAGAGGAAGUGAUUUUGCCACUGGCUCAGCAAAGAGAUGAGCUUUAAAUAAAGACAGUAAGCAUUUCUUCCUCAAACAACACACGCAAUCAUUACACAUACAAAUUCAAACUACAGGAAUAAUACACAGAACUCUACAUCGGCUGCCUAAAACGGAUUUCAUAAAUCAUUUCAAUAAUCUGUUUUAUAUCUUUAUCCUGUGAUAUUUUUUAAG